AAUUGAGCUUUAUGUUUUACUUUUCUAACUGCGAAGCUUUUUUGCCUGACUGUUGUUACCCUGCUGCGUGACGCGGCUGUUUCGUAUGGAUCAGGGUGCUGCGGUCGUUGUCAUGGCCGAAGAGCUCUUGGAGAUCAGGCCUCAUGAACUCAAGUUUAUUUUUGAGUUGAGGAAACAAAGCUCCUGCUCGAUUCAACUAGGCAAUAAGACCGAUCAGUAUGUUGCUUUCAAGGUUAAGACUACAUCUCCAAAGAAAUACUGUGUGCGGCCAAAUAUAGGCAUCAUCAAGCCAAAUGGAGCAUCUGAUUUCACAGUUACCAUGCAAGCACAGCAGGUAGCUCCACCUGUCCUGCAGUGUAGAGACAAGUUUUUGAUACAGGGCACUAUUGUCCCUUUUGGGACAAGUGAAGAGGACAUUACUGCUGAUGUGUUUGAUAAAGGAAGUGGUAAAUAUGUAGAGGAGAGGAAAAUAAAAGUAGUCCUCACCAGUCCAGUGCAAUCACCAUUGUUGCUGCCAGUUUGUGGAGAACGGAAGCAAGAUUCAUUUUCCGAGACUACUGUUUUAAAGGAUGUCUCACCUGCUGGAGUUGAAAAUGUAUCAUCUCCUCUCAGGGAUCCUGAGGGGUUGGACGUGUCAGAGGAUUUUAAGGAGUUAAAAUCAAGACUCAGCUUGGUGGAUUCAAAGUUAAAAGAGGCAGAGCUUACCAUCAGCAGAUUGACAGAGGAGAGAAGUUUGCAGAAUCGAGAGAGAGAUGCACUUAGGCGUGACCUGGAGAUGUUGAGGAAGACAGGUGGGAGAGCAAUUCAAGUGGGAUUUCCUUUCCUGUAUGUUUGUGCGGUCGUUCUUGUUGCCCUUGCAGUUGGAUACAUUAUCCACCCGUAGCUGAGAUGGUUUUGGUCGCCGCCUAAUUGGGCUUUAAGUAGAUUGUGUAUAUCUAGGGUUCAGCAUUGUGUUGCCUUAUUUUUUCGUCUGCAAUCUCAUGUAUAAACCUGGAAGCUUUGGUAUUUCAGUUGGAGAUGAUGUGCUCUUAAAAUGUAUAUUCCUGGUUUGACUCUA